AUGGGACUCGUGCCGUUCCUCAGAUACACGUACAGGCUGCGCUCCUUUCGGGGCGACCCAAACAGCUCGGACGUACUUUUCAGCUUGCCUACCACGGCCACGCGCAGAGACCGUCUCAGCUUUGAGCUGUUCCUGUACACGGAGAUGCUGGUUGUGUUCUUGCUGGCUGGAGCACUGACCCUGGUGGCACUUCUCACCAUUGGAUUUAUCCUGAUGCGUGCCUUGGGCCUGACGACCUUCCUCGACAUGGAGCCCAACGAAAUGGCAGCGGGCCCGGGUGGUGCACGCGAGAACCAGGCGCAGGGCGACCACCGACGCCACGUGCCCGGCGGCGCCAGGAGGCGGCGUGGGGCAGCAGCUGCUGCGCUUCCCAGGGUUCGGUCGCGGGGCGACAGCUGACCGCCGCUGCGAGUUCGCGCAACGCCCCGCGCACCCGCCUGCGGUCAUCUGAUGCGGCACUUACAGAGCCCAGCGUCGUCGAAGCCUGGGACUGAUUUUUCAACGAUAUUGGUGCAAGCGGAGGAGCGCAGGUGCCGUGUGACUGCUUCCCGUCAAUGAUGGCUGGCGCUCGAAUACGGUGGCCAAGAGCGGGAGCGCUACUGACGACUGACGCACCGCGCUCGACAAUACUGAAUUAUAGACAAAGAAAAUUCCGCUUGCACGAAAACCUAAUGGGUGGUUACUCUCGACGCAGAACCGUUAUUUGUUGAGAUUGCCAUAGAUAUUCACGGAACAACGUGGUCCUCGACCUGUCGGGAUCUUCACUAAGGUAUCUAUUUGGUCCAGUUGGUAGGUAUGCUACAAGUACGUACAGAGUUGUGCAUAAAAGAUUCUUCUUCCUUG